AUUACAUGGAACAAGUACUAUUAACUCUUUUGAAUAUCAACAUAAGAAUGAACAGUUUCCCAUUUCUUUAUGCCAACUGUUUCGGGAAAAAAUGACAUGCAUUUGAACUUUCUUAUUAUCAAAGGAAAUCAUUGCGUCGAGCUGUUGAACUUUCUUUUAUAACUGCAAAGUAAGCAAGGACCAACAAGCAUGAGACAUAGCGAUAAAUGCUCUGACACGAUUUCGAACUUAAAACAAAACUAGGAAGGAAAUAGAAAUUCCGAAAAACUGUCCGUAUGACUAGACCUUCCCCCUCACCGGACAAAGUGCGGGGUCAGCUGGAAGGGGAGUGCCGUCUGUCUUCGCCUCCACGUGGUCUGACUUUCAGCAGGGAGAUGGGGAGUGCAUUCAGGGUGGUCACCCCGAAAAGAGUGGACAAGGGUGGAGUGGAGAGUCCACCCCCUACAUUUCCGAACCUGGUAAGUUCCUCAUCUUCAUCCCCGUCUGCCCGGGGUGCCGAGGAGGAAAGGGGAGAACCCCUGAGGACGUGUUACCCGGGCCUGUGGUACGGUCUGCCCGCCUUCAAGUCCGUGGCCACUUUCGAGUCCAGUUUCCCGCUCUUCCCUUUUUUCACUCCGCACCUGCUCGCUUCCACCGACAACCACCUCAACUCAACUCAUAAUGGAACAGGUGCCAAGGUGGAGAACAUCCCAAGCUCGACAGCAGACGAAUCGUCUCGUGUUCUGCCGAAGGAAUUCAGCCUUCCUGUGCCCUCUCACCUGACCGGGGCGGACUUCCGAUCCCUGGGACUCGGGCUGUGGCCAGGGGAUAUUAGAACCCACCCUCUCUUCUUCCCGCCGGCCUCCACAGCCUCCCUCUUACACCCACAUACCUCGUCCUCCUUGUUGCAGAGAUCCGCAUCGCCUACUGUGAGCGCAAACAAUGGUGUUCUGCCUGCCCACUACACGACGGCUGCAGAAAUCUUCCGACCUUUCCCGAAUCUCGCCCAUUGCGUCUCCUUUCCUCUGCUGGGACUUGGAUCCACUUACUCCGAUCUUAAACACCCGCAUCAUCCGCUGCAUUCACAUUUUAAAGAUAAUGGCCUUCUGAUGAGCUCUGGUUCUGGUAAACCUGCCCCUGGACACCACCCCAGCGACGUAUAUUCGUGUGUGAAAUGCGACAAGAUGUUCAGCACGCCCCAUGGCUUGGAAGUUCACUCGAGGCGUUCGCACAGCGGCAAGCGACCUUUCGCCUGUGAGUUGUGCAACAAGACAUUCGGACACGAAGUGAGCCUGAGCCAGCACCGGGCCAUCCACACGGCAGAAAGGACCUUCGAAUGCAAGCAGUGUGGGAAGUCCUUCAAGAGGUCCUCCACCCUGUCUACGCACCUGCUCAUACACUCGGACACCAGGCCAUAUCCUUGUCAGUACUGCGGCAAGAGGUUCCACCAGAAAUCAGAUAUGAAAAAGCAUACCUACAUACAUACAGGAGAGAAACCUCACAAGUGCACAGUAUGUGGCAAGGCUUUCAGCCAAUCUUCAAACCUCAUCACCCAUAGCAGGAAACACACGGGAUUCAAACCUUUCGCCUGUGACAUCUGUGGCAGGGCCUUCCAAAGAAAAGUGGACCUCAGACGACAUAAAGAAACCCAGCAUUCCGACCUUCGACAACUACAUUAGUCUGACCUAUAGGAGUGAUUGCCUCUAAAGUGAAUAACGCUAUUUCAAAGCCCUAUCAAUUGGUAAAUUCAGGAAGUUUGCAAGUUGUAACUUCCGCAACUGAUGCAAUAUUUGUAAACAUUGAAAAAAAAACAUAUGUUUGAAAUAGAAAUUGCUUUCCUUAGAAAUUAAGGUCAGCUGAAGAUAAUUGAAUUUAUCCUCAAAUACUGUGGCCAUCUUCUUAAACAAAAAUAUUAUAGUAACAAACGUGGUGACUGCGUGAUGACUGAAGAAAAAAGUCAAUCUAAACUUCUGGAAAUUAAUAGAUUUUUUUCAGAAGCCUUUCGAACAACCUACAAGUAUUCAAGGAAAUAUUUCCAACUUUUGGAAGUUUUCGUGUCAAAUACUGAAUUUGAACUUUUAAAGGCAAAGAAACUGAAAAUUAAUACUAUUAAAGCAGUUACAUAUUUUCAAAAAAAUUACCGCCUUUAAUAACGUGAAAAUAAUUAUACCAUUGAUGAAGUAAAUAAUUCAAUGGUACGGUAUGGUAAAAUUUGCAACCAAUGGUAAGUGGUCAAGAAUGGUAAAGAUUUUCGAAAAUUCAAUUGUAAAACAUUAAAUGCAAUGUUUUGCGUAAUUCAAAGUUGAUUGGAUACUGUCUGACUGAGGAAUAAAUGUGCAUCAUUUUCUGUUGAUGAAUUAUUCUUCGUCAAUAUGAGGUUUCUUUUUCAGGAAUUUUGUGUGAAGAAUUUUCGAAACGAUAAGAUAGUUAUCUAGUCGAAGCUAGUCAUGAAAAAUCUAAACUAUCUGAUUAUUUCUAAAAUAGUUUGGAAAGCUGAAAGAUUGCAUUUUGUACAGAAAUAAGUCUUUUGACUUUAUGUUCAAGAACUGAUGGCAAAAACAUAGAAACCUAAUUCUAGUCUCAAAUAUAUAAGAAAUGUAAAUAAAUGUUUGUACAGUUUUUUAUAAAAAAAAAAAAACAGCAGUGGUUUUUCUGGUUUACGUAGCUCUAUUCGCUACCUCUUUCUCUCCUUCAAAAGAAUGCUUAGACUAAGUCAACUAUCCAUGUAAAAAGGAUGUAGAAAAUUAUUUAUAAUGCAAAUUUAUU